AUGGCGGAGGAUGAAGAUGGUGUUUCAAAUAAAAAAUCGCCACAAAAUUCAAACAAUGCAGAGUGCUCGCAAGAGAGCGAACAAAAUACUACAAAGCCAGACCUAGGUAUCGAAGAAUCAAAGUACAAUAGCAAAGAAAAUGGUCAUGCGUCGCCUUCUGAACCCAAUUGUUCCUCGUCUAAGUCCACUGGAGCAGUGCGAAAGGAAGAAAACCCAUUUUCCUUUCGACAUUUUCUCAAACGGGAUCUGUCGUUGCCAGGCAACUCAACAUACGAGAAUACAGGUGCUAGACCUAAGGUUUAUGCGAACACAGUGCAACAUUCGCCUACUAAAAUUGAUGUUCACGCGGACUCUAGACGGGACAAAAGUCGUUUGAUCGAUAACCAAACCAAAGAAAAAACAAGCGAGGGCAUUAGCCAACGCGUGAGUGAUAAUACGCCUUCAAAUAGUUCUAUGGACGUACCGUUUAGUGUAUUAGGAAAUUCAAAUUCUAAAAAUAACCUUUAUUCAAACAAUUCUGAUGCACCCUUCUAUCACAGACCAAAUUUGGCUUCAGAACCUAUGGGUAUGCCUUCAUUGCCUGAUUUUGUUCAAGAUCACAUUUUAGUGGAGCAGGCUUAUUUAAACUCAAAUGGACCCAUGUCAUUAGAUUUGGAUAAUUUGCCUGACUUCACAUUCAACACUAAUUUCAAUACUGGAUCCUCUUCUUCAAGCAGGAGAAAUGAAAACAACUAUAGUGGAAAUAGAGGCUAUAAUUAUGAACGAUAUAUGGGAGCAUCCACAUCAUCUGAACCAGGGCCCUCUAACCGUAAUGUACCCUUAGAUUUACCAGCCAGUGCAGAGGCUGCGGGUCCUGUACCAAUAGAUCAUCACAUGCACCUUAGCUUGGAUCUCACUGAAUCUGUUAACCCAUCAGAUAGAAGAAAUAUGUCCCCAAGAAAUACUUUCCCCUUGGAUCUGCCUCCGAAUGCAGGAGCAGAAUCUAAGCGAUUACCAGAUUUCCUGCCCGUGCACCCUGGACGCACAUCACCAGAGCCCGAGCAUCAGGAUGAACAGUUACAGCAAAUAAUGUCAGAGUUGGAAAGGACAAGAUCGGAGUUGUUCGCGGAGCGUAGUAGGCGAUGUCGUGCCGAGGAAGAGACAUCGCGACUGCGCGCGCGCCUCGCCGCCAGGGAGCGGGACCCCGCGCUUGAAGCACACACUGGGACGGCAGAUCCUGAAGCUGUUGCAAUAUUAAAAAAUGAAAUAAAGAGAUUGAAGGAGCAGUUGCGCGCUUCGCAAGAGGAAGUGCGUUCGCUGCGAAGCACGCAGGCCGGCGCUGCUUCCGACUUGCGGCACGCUUCGCGCGUCGCCGAAACUUCGCUCAGAGAGCUCCUAGCGGGACUAGAGCAGCUAAAGACAUUGAGCUCAACGCUCGAUCCAACAUGA